AUGGCAACCUACGAUCUGCCGGUGUCGGUGCAGUACGAUGCUACCUAUACCAUUCCGUCGUCACGCGGCGCGAUCUGUUCCGGUGCUGGUAAAGCCCCUGCCGGCACUGCGUGCCCACUGAAGGGCGACGUGGCUACGGCUGACUGCCACUCGUACCUCUUCUCCUUCGACGGCAAGCAGUGCACUGCCAAGGAGGACGCUAAGUGCGCCAUCGUGCUCGGAGACACGUGGGGCUGUGUCUUCCCGUCGGUCUCUGGAACCACGGCUACUCCGUGUCCGACAACCUACGAGUCCUAUACUCCUGACGUGACUCCUGCUGCCACCAAAUGCGGCGAGGACGACUACCCCACCCCGGCACCGACCACCCCAUGCCCGGGUACUCCAGCUCCGUCCACGCCGUGUCCGGACACUGAGGCCCCGAAAACACCGUGCCCAGAGACACCGCCACCGGAGACCCCAUGCCCAGAAACACCGGCACCAACUACGCCGUGUCCGGACACUGAGGCCCCGGAAACACCGUGCCCAGAGACACCGCCACCGGAGACCCCAUGCCCAGAAACACCGGCGCCCACCACGCCAUGUCCGGACACUGAGGCCCCGGAAACACCGUGCCCAGAGACACCGCCACCGGAGACCCCAUGCCCAGAAACACCAGCGCCUGAAACCCCUUGCCCGGACGACGAGCAUGGUCAUGACUAUGAUCAAAACGACAACAAGCGUGCCCUCCGCGCUUAG